UUUAGAAUUUCACUACUCUGAAAAUGCUGUCUUCAACAAUCCUUUCUGGUGUAAAAACAAGCAUCAGGAGCGGAGUCAGCAGCCGCAAUAUUGGAAUACUGGCUCCAUGUCUCCAAAAGGCUACAGAUCCCAUUCAACAACUUUUCAUCGACAAGAUCCGUGAAUACAAGUCGAAGAGCAAUAACGGCAAAAACCUAGUCGAACCGUCUCCAGACCUAGAAAAAGAAUUGAAAACAGAAUUGGAGAAGGUCGCCAGGCAGUUCGGUGGUGGACCCGGUGUGGAUAUGACGAAAUUCCCAACGUUCAAAUUCCAAGACCCUGCCAUUGACCCAAUCAACCUCGAGAAGUAAAUGGUAUUAGGUAACAUUUGUCAACGCAAUGGAGAGGCUGAAAUUUUAUAUCGUCUUUUUUUAUGCAAUCUCCUGCGUAUCCAUAUUAGCUAUACUAGCUGUGUGAGAGUUUACAUUUAAUUUAUUGUUUAAGACAUCGUGGAAUAAAAAGUUGUUGAUUUGUUCUUGGCUUAUUUUUUGUAAUAAAGUUCUGAAAUCGGAGAUUUGAGUGUUGAAUGGGUACGGAUAAUUAAUGAGUGCAAAAUAUGCGUAUCAACAUUAUCUUGUCGCAAAGGUCAAGGGUAUAUUUGGUCUAUCAGUUGUCUCGCAACCGUGACUUUCAAACGCAAAAGUUUUUCAAUUAGAUCAAAAAAAUAAAUAAACAUUGUAUUUUAUCACAGAAAUAUAUUCCACGCAAACAUCAGUAUUUUUAUUGACUGUUAUUUGGAAAACGAGUGCAUCACAAUAUAGAUAUUUAUUUCAUUUAUUCAUGUAAAGGGUGGUCAACUAAGAACUAAUAUGCGUAUCUAGGAACCUAUCCAGUGUAGAGGCUUGCGGCAAAAAAGUUCUUACUAAAAGAGAAAAACUUGUAAAAUAUUUUCAAGUUUCUGAAAUGGCUGCUAGGUGGUCCCUGCAAUCUUGAAUCUAAAAAAGUGGUGUUUCUGUCCCGUUAUAUUAACCUAACAUUCGAGGAUAAUCUACCUUUUUUGUUUGACAAUUUUUGCUGUAUCUCUAAAAAUAAAAUUGUUAAUUUUUAUAUGGAAAUCCAUUAAAUUUUUAUUUUUUGAACUGA